CGAAGGAAAAUGCAUAUAUCAGGUCGGUCUAGCAGGCAUCCUCAGCCUCAUCUCCCAGUCGACCUUCCACAUUUCUCCUCCUUGGAGCUUUCAGAGAAUGUCAUGUCAAUCUCCGCAGCGAAUUCUCCCGUAUCUCGAAUAUAGGGGAUGGCAUCUUUAGUAAUCCUCAAACAAGUCGAUGGGAGGUUUGAGAAGACCUCUGUCAAUGCAAGUACAUUUCUUGGGGUUAGUUACUGAUAGGAUGAUCCGUGGCCACGCAAGAGACUUAUUGCUCGGCAGACUCGGCCACAGCAGGGUGUUCAGUUUGUGUUAGGCGCUCCCUCCCCGCCGUUUACGGAGCGAACUCUUGACAAUUGUGGUCCAGCUUCGCAAAAUGGGAUCUCUUGGGCAAAGACAACCACCUGAGGGAUCUUAUAUGCUCCGACUGGGCGUAUCCGCCAAUGCUGUGGACAAAGACCUGCCGCGAAGCAAACGGCUACGCCGGCAGUGCACGCGGCCUCGACAAGGACCAGAAGACGCUGGUGGACACCUCGUGGUUCCAGUUUCUGGUCAAGCAACUGCGAGCCGGAGCGAAUACUUUCCAACAAGAAUACGUCUACGAAUGGUAUGAGAUGGAAUUUUUCAUGUACGUUCUUUCCAGCGGGGCCUCGGUGGCUUUCUGCAUCGACACGCCGCCAGCAUUCCAGAACGGACUACUCGAGGCCCUGAACUCGGGGCGAAACGACCCGCCAAAGGACGCCAUGGCUUUCUUGCAGUGCGCGGUUGUCGCAGAGGUGUCGAGGCUGUACGACGUCUCGGUCUGGACUCUGAGGGAUAAGGUCAGGGAGCUUGAAAAGAUACGAUCUGCCGCUCGCUAUCUCGAGUCGGGCCUCGAUUUCCCUCGAUUACAUGAUCUGGCUCGACACAUCAUACACACUUGCGAAGUGCUCUCCGUGGCUGCUGACACAGUUAACACGCUGUUGGUUGACCACCGUUCAAGUUCGGGUAAGGCGUGCGAAUGUGCAGGUGCAUCUGGCCAUUCGCCGAAUCCAAACUGCCCUCACACCGAGAUGCGGUUUUGGCUUGGACUUCUCCAGAACUUCGGCCGACGAGCGAAGUCUCUCAAUGAGAGGCUGUCGCACGAGAUCACCCUGGGUUUUAAUCUCGUGGUCCAACGGGACACUCGGGCGACGAUGGAGAUAAGCAGCGCCGCACGCAGCGACAGUGCCUCGAUGAAGACCAUUGCGGUGGUUACGCUUGCCUUCCUCCCUGCGACAUUUGUUUGCACGAUCUUCAGCAUGAGCUUUUUCACGCUCAACGUGGACGACGCGACGGGGGAGAAGCACUGGAUGAUGUCGGACCGGUUCUGGAUCUACUGGGUCAUCACCGUGCCAUUGACGGUUUUGACCCUGAUCUGUUGGUGGUACGGGCAACACCGGGGAGACAAGCAGGGGAAGGCGAGAGAGCCGAGUUGGAAGUCUGAAGGGCCGUAGAUUUUGGAGGGUGACAAGUCGUAAUAAUACAUGCCACUUUGCAAGGGUCUGAAAGGACCGAGGCGGUCGAUACUGCUUGAGAAUCAGUGUAGCCGCCACCAAGCUUGUACGCGAAUAGAUCGUGUCAAUGGCUCGCGCCGUGGCACUUGGCCGGCGCCGCGAGGCUGUAGGUAGAAUACGCCUCCCGCAUUCCUCC